UGUAAUACUUGUAUUACUUAUGUUUUGGUUUGCAUUUCAACACAUUUUUCGCACAUUUGGUCACAAAAUAUGUAUUUAUUUUGUAAGACAUGUAUUAAUCAAGAAUUGAAACAAAUUUUAAGACAUAAAAGAAGACAUUUGUUGUCACAAUCGGUGACCAAUUGGAUACCAAAUGAGUUGUCUGUCAAAUGUUAUUCGUGUGCUGUUUUGCGACCACUUCUUGUAAAUAAUGGUAAAAAUGUGAACCAAUUGACAAUAUAUACAAUCCAUAAGCGAAACAUGUUUACCGCCGCAAGAGUUAUCAGAAGUGUCCUUAAAAUCCGAUAUCUAAUUCUUGGAUCAGCUGUUGGCGGAGGAUAUCAGGUGACAAAGAAAUAUGAAGAAUGGAAAGAAAGUCUACCGAAAUUUAAAUGGAUUGAAGACAUUGUUCCAAAUAGUGACCAAAUGAAUGGCAUCAGAGAUAAAAUGUUUGAAUUACAACAACGGUUGACCUCUGAAGACGGAUUUAUUGCCAAAUUGAAUACAAACGCCAACCAAAAACUUGAACUUUUUAAGCAAUGGGUCGAAGAAGCCAAACAACAGCGGGAACAGCAGCAACAGUCAGACAUAGCAUUGCCUUUGCUUUUAGGAUCUGAAGAGUCUCUUCCACUCGAAUCUAUUGAUCCGAUGCCUAUUAAGGUAUCAUUUUUUGGUUCUUCAUCGUCUUCCGAGUCGAAAGACGAAACAAAUUUUCAAUUUACAGAAAAGGCUCGAAUUCAGAGAUUACAAGACGAACUGAUUGCUGUUCAGCUGAAAUAUCAGAAAGAAAUUGAAAGAUUAGAAAAGGAAAACAAAAAUUUAAAGAAAACAGUUCUUCUUAGAGGACAAAAUCAUUCAACACGUAAAGUGAAGAAAUCGUUAAUUGACUUAUACUCAGAAGUUUUGGAUGAAUUGAGUGAUUACGACACUAAUUAUAGAACUCAAGACCAUUUGCCACGAGUUAUUGUUGUCGGUGACCAAAGUUCUGGUAAAACAAGUGUUCUCGAAAUGAUAGCCGGCGCGCGAAUAUUUCCGCGCGGAGCGGGAGAAAUGAUGACCCGAUCACCAGUAAAAGUGACAUUAAAAGAGGGUCCUUAUCAUGUGGCCAGGUUUAAGGACAGUACCCGAGAAUUUGAUUUAACCAAACAGUCAGAGUUAGCAGAUUUACGUCGAGAAGUUGAACUAAGGAUGAGAAAUGCUGUGAAAAAAGGUCGCACUGUUAGCAGUGAAGUCAUAUCAAUGACAGUGGAAGGACCGGGCAUUCAACGUAUGGUUUUAGUUGAUUUGCCCGGAGUUAUCAGUACUGUUACUACCGAAAUGGCUCAGGACACCAGGGAUGCCAUCAAAGCUAUUACCAAAACUUAUAUGAGUAAUCCUAAUGCUAUAAUAUUAUGUAUUCAAGAUGGAUCAGUUGAUGCUGAACGUAGUAUUGUCACUGAUCUGGUCAGUCAAAUGGAUCCCAAUGGCAAACGAACAAUAUUUGUGUUGACAAAAGUGGAUUUAGCCGAACAAAACAUGACUAAUCCGUCGAGACUUCAAAAAAUAUUAGACGGAAAACUGUUUCCAAUGAAAGCUUUGGGUUAUUUUGCAGUCGUCACGGGUCGCGGCAAUAAAGAUGAAACUAUUCAAUCAAUUAAAGAAUAUGAAUCACAGUUUUUUAGUAAUUCAAAACUUUGCAAGACUGGCAUUUUGAAUGGAUCCCAAUGUACUACACAAAGUCUUAGUCUGGCAGUUGCCGAUUGCUUUUGGAAAAUGGUUAAGUCCUCUGUUGAACAACAGGCCGAUGCUUUCAAAGCUACCCGUUUUAAUUUGGAAACUGAAUGGAAAAAUAGUUUCCCACGACUUCGGGAACUCGAUCGGGAUGAACUUUUUGAGAAAGCCAAGGGAGAGAUAUUGGAUGAAAUCGUUAAUUUAAGUCAAUUAAGUCCUAAUUAUUGGGAAGAAGUUAUAUCAAAAAAAUUAUGGGAAAGAGUUGGCUUUUAUGUGUUUGAACACAUCUAUUUGCCGGCAGCACAGACAUCCAAUUCAGGUACAUUUAAUACUCAAGUGGAUAUCAGACUCAAACAAUGGGCUGAUAUGACACUACCAGCGAAGUCAGUAGCCGUUGGUUGGGAAACACUUCAGGAAGAAUUCAAUCGAUUAAUUGAGAAAAAGAAGAAUGAGAAGGAGAAAGACAGGGAUAAUAUAUUUGAUUUUUUUAAGAUAUCCGUCGCAGAAGAAUCUAUUAAAAGGCAUUCCUGGGAAUCAAAAGCAGCUGAAGUUUUGAGAGUCAUUCAAUUAAAUGUAUUGGAAGACCGAGCGGUUCCCGAUAAGAGUCAAUGGGAUUUGGCUAUAAAAUUCUUAGAGAAUAGCAUUAAUGAAAGAUUACACUCAACCGAAGCACAACUAAAAGUUUUGGUUGGACCCGGUUUUGUUGAGAAAUGGCUUCAAUGGAAAUCACAAAAUGAUAGUCAAUAUAUUAAUUCAUGUAUAAAAAGUGAACUGGAUAAAUUAUUAACACAACAUAACUCAAAUCAUAUACAAAAUCCUAGUCUUGGAAAUGACGAGUUGACGGCUGUUAAGAAAAAUCUUCAAAAUCAAGGCAUUGAUGUUGACUUUGAAUCGAUAAAACAAAUUUGGUUUCCAUUAUAUCGAUUGAGUUUCUUGAAGUUUGCCAUAAAUAGAGUUUAUGAUUGUCGUAAAGUUUUCUAUUUAUAUCAACAAAAUAUUGAAACUGAUUUGUGUUGCGAUGAUGUGGUACUCUUUUGGCGAAUACAACGUAUGAUUGCCAUCACUGCUAACGCAUUGCGACAACAAGUGAUGAAUACUGAGGGCAAAAGACUUGAAAAGGAAAUCAAAGAAGUGUUAGAAGACUACAGUCAAGACUCAGACAAAAAGAAACAUCUUUUGACCGGAAGAAGAGUUCAAUUGGCUGAAGAAUUGAAACGUGUUCGACAAAUACAAGAAAAAUUAGAGGAAUUUAUAGGAAUGCUUAACGAAGAAAAAUAAGACAACUUUAUACCGCAUAACUGUUUACUCGCAAACUAUUAUUUAAAUUAAUUUUUUUUUUGUAUAUUUUGAUGAAAUUUUGUUUUAUUCUUUACCUUUAUAUAGAUAUGGUUUUCUACUGUUAUGAUUUAGAUUCAAUUUGAUAAAGGUUAAAUAAAUGCAUGCGAGAUAACAAUUACGGUAAUGGUU